CCAGGCAGAGGCUGUAGCAGCAAAGCAGUAAUCCCGAAGGGCAGGCAUAGGACAAAGCGGCAUGGCUGCAGCUCACACGGGCGGCGGCGGCGGCGGCAUGGGCAAGGCGGCGGGUGGCGGGCGGCUGGAUGCGUUUGCGCAGCGCAAGGCGGGUGUGGUGGCGUCGCUGGCGGCGGACUGCGGCGACAAAAGCCGCAAGGGCAGUGUGGAUGCCCCGGUUGCGGAGCUGGUCGCGCGCAUCAACGCCCACCCCGCCGUCUACACCACCUCCUCCUGCUCCGGCCGCAUCUCGGUGUUUGGCGAGCCGGGGCCGCAGGAUCGCGCCGCGGGGCGCAAGGGCGGCGAAUGGGUGUACGCCACACACGAGCGAGCCAGCGCCGAGGAUGUGAUUGCCGCCGUACACGCCCGGGCGGGCUCGGGCGCGCGACUGGUGCUCCGCUUCGAGCCGUUCAUCCUGGCUCUGGAGGCCCACAACGCGCUGACUGGACAGGCGGUGCUGGGGGCGGCGAGGGCGGCGGGCAUGCGCGAGAGCGGCCUCACGUUGGGCAGCGGCGGCCGGAGAGUCAUGGUGGGCAUCCGCUACUCCCUGCGGCUGGAGGUGCCCGUGGCCGACGGCGGUGCCGUACUGGUCCCGGAUUCGUACAUCCGGUACAUUGUGGAUCUAGCCAACGAAAAGUACGACCAGAACCUGGACAAGAUCCGGAAGUUUGAGGCGGAGCUGUUCCGGGUGCUGCAGGAUCCGGAUCUCGGAUCUGAUGCCACCGGCGAGCCCGGCACCAAAUCUGGAUCCAAGCGGGCGGCGCCGGCGGCGGGCCUGGCGGCGGUGCCGGCGCGCCGCCGCCGCGGCGGCGGGGAGGCGGCGGCGGCGGCAGGUGCCGGCUCGGUGUCGGCGCUGGAGGGGCUGAAGCGGCGGCAGGCGGCGGUGCUGGGCCGGGUGCGAGCGCUAGAGGCGCGGCUUGGGCUGGCCGGGAGCGGGGCUGUAGCAGCGGCUGUAGCAGCACUGGCGGCUGUAGCAAAGGCCAAGCCCGCGGCUGUGAAACCUGUCGCCAAGGCGGCUCUAGCAGCAGUAGCGUCGGUGGCAGCGACGAAGGCAGUAGCAAAGCCAGCGGCGGCGGCUGCUACUGCCGCGGGCAGCGGGGGCGCGGGGCCGCUGCUGCGCUGGCUGGGCGUGCCGGUGUUCCCGGAGCAGGGCACGGUGGAGGAGAUGGUGCCGCGCUGGGGCCACGCCUCCGCCGCCGCCGGCCACAUUAUCUAUCUGCUCGGUGGUUAUGGCGGCGGCGGCGCGCACGCCCGCCGCAGUGACGUACUGACGUACGACACACGUGCCCGUGCAUGGGGCAACUUUGAGCUGGCGGACGGUGCCACGGCGGCGGCACCACUGGCGCGCAUGGGGCACGCCGCCGCCGCCAUUGGCGGCUGUAGCAGCAGUGGCGGCGGCGCCACUGGAGAUGCGCCGUACAUCGUGAUGGUGGGCGGCCGUACGAGCCCCAUGGACGCACUGGGCGACGUUUGGAUCCUGGAUCUGGCUGCGCGGGCCUGGAUCCAGGUGGCGGCGGCCCUGGAUCCAACCGACACGGCCGGCGCGCCGCUGGACGCUGCUACAGCCGCGGCCGGCGCCUUCCCCGGCCGCUACCGCCACUCGGUGGUUGCGGUGCCGCCGCAGCCGCAGCCGGCGACCGGCAGUAGCAGCAGCGGCAGUAGCAGCAGCGGCAGUAGCAGCCGCGGCGCGCACGCGUUGGACGGGUGGCGGGUGGUGGUGCACGGCGGCCGCAGCGCGGAAGCUGUGCUCGGUGACACGUGGAUCCUGAGCCGCGACCCGGCGGCGGCGGCGGCUGUAGCAGCCGGCAUUCCGGCUGUAGCAGCCGGCUGGCGCUGGCGGCGCGUGGCGGCGCGGGGCGCGGUGCCGUGCCCGCGCAAGUCGCACGCCGCCUGCUACGUCCCUGCGAGCGCUCUGGGGCCCGCGGCUGCUGGUGGUGGUGGUGCUGCUGCUGCUACAGCCGCCUCCUCGUCAGCCGGCCGCAUGUACGUGCACGGCGGCACGUGCGGGUACGGCGUGCACUUCUCGGACGUGUCGUACCUGGAUCUCGACACGCUCACGUGGCACCGUGGUGAUGCGGCGGCGGCGCCGCCGCCAGCGGCUGUGGGCUCGCCGCCGCAGGAGCUACUGCCGCCGGCGUGCUUCAGCCACACGCUCAACCGCUGGGGCCGUUACCUGCUGUUGGUUGGCGGUUACCCAACCGACCACCACCGGCGGUUGUGCGUGAUGGACGUGCGGUCGCACGAGUGGCGCUCCUUCGACUGCGGCGUGGAUCUGGCUGUAGCAGACCGGGCAGACGGCGCGGCUGUAGCAGCUGCGGGCGCUGCUGCUGCUGCGGUGGCGGCGGCGGCGACGGCAGCUGUAGCAGCUGGCGGCGGUGGCGGAGGCGUGGCGGCGGUACCGGCGGGGCCGCCAAUGUUGGACUUUGUGCCCAUCCGGCACUGCGCCGAGGUCGUCGCCACCGGCAGUAGCAGCGGCAGCAGCGGCAGUAGCGGUAGCAGCGGAGGCGGCGAGUCGCUGUUUGUGAUGGGAGGCGGGGCGUUCUGCUUCAGCUUCGGCACGGUGUUCGGCGGCUGCUUUGAACUGCCGCUGUCGGGCGGCGGCAGUAGCGGCAGUAGCAAGGCUGCGCCGGGCACGCUGACGGCGGCCGUACGGCGGGAAGCGGAGCGUGCCGGUGGGGCUGAUAGGGCUGGUGGGGCCGGCGGCGCGGAGCUGAAGGCUAGCACCGGUAUGAGUAGCGGUGCUAGCCCGAGCAGCGGUGCUAGCCCUGGCGCCGGCGUUAGGAGGCAGCAGCAGCAGCCCAACCAGCAGCAACAGGGGCAACAACAGCAACAUACCGCUCCUUCUGUCGCAGCCCCCGCCACGUCUGCCCUCGCGGCUGCUGAUUUAAAGCCGAACCCUGCUGGCCAGGGGUUCCCAGCAACGGCGGCACCCGCGGCGGCGGCAUCGGCUGCGGCGGAGGCGGAGGCAUCAUCGGCUGCGGCGGCGACGGAGGCAUCGGCGGCUGCGGCGGCGACAGAGGCAUCGGCGGCGGUGGCGGCGGCUGAGGGAUGGGCGGUGCGUGUCCUCAGUUCCGCUGCCAAGGCCGUCAAGGACGCGCUGAAAGCCGCCGGCUACCUAGAUGCCUCCCGGCGUAGCGGCAGUAGCAGCAGCAGCAGCAGCAGUAGUGCUAAUGCUACCGCCAGUGGUGCCGCAGGCAGCAGCACUGGCGGCGGCGGCGCAGGACCUGUAGCGGCGGCGGCAACGGCGGCGGGGCAUGUGCUACUGCCGGUGACGCCCGAGGCGGCGGCGGCGCUGGGGGCGGCGGCGCCUGCGGCGGUGGCGGCGGAGGCGGCGGCGGAGGGAGUACGGGAGGUUUUGGAAAAGGCGGGCGCGCAGGUGGUGCGCGUGGCGCUGGCGCGCGCAGGCCGCGCCGCCGCCAGCCCCGCCCUCCGAAUGCGGGAGGCGGUCACACAGCUGCUUCAGCAGGCACAGCAGCAGCAGCAGCAGCAGCACCAGGCCUCGAUCGGCAGUAGCACCGCCAGCAGCAACGGCGUCGGCAGUAGCAACGGUGUCGGCAGUAGCAGUGGCGCCGGCGUUGGCAGUAGCUGGGAGGCGCUGUUUGCGGACCUGCCCACCAAGUGGGAGCGGCUGGGAGAUCUGGUGCUACUGCCGGCCGACAGCCUGACUCAUCCCGGCUGGGUGGCGGCGCUCGGCGGCAGUAGCAGCGGCAGUGGCAGUAGCAGCGGCAGUAGCAGCGGCGACGUCAGUGGCUGCGGCAAGGGCAGUAGCAGCGGCAGCAGCAGCGAGGAGCGGGCGGUGCUACUGCCGCUGUGGCGGGCGGUGGCGGAGGCGCUUGGAGUGAGGCGGCUGGCGAGGCAGGCGCCGGUAGCCAACACGGGCACACGCGACAGCCGGGCCGUGCUUCUGCUCGACGGCGGUGAUGACGUCACCCCUGGAGGCGGCGGCGGAGUGGGCAGCGACCAGGCCGGCUGGGUGACUCACCGCGAGGGCGGCGUGCUCUUCAGUCUGGACGUGACGCGUUGCAUGUUCUCAUCGGGCAAUGUGACGGAGCGCACGCGACUGGGCUGGGGUCGCGGCCUGACGCCUGCGGCGGGCGGGCCCGGCGGCGGGCGGCAGGGGCGCCAGGGCUGGGCGGCGGGCGAGGUGGUGGCGGACCUGUACACAGGCAUCGGCUACUACACACUGCCGCUGCUGGUGGUGGGCGGUGUGGCCAAGGUGUAUGCGUGUGAGUGGAACCCGCACGCGCUGGAGGCGCUCCGGCGCAACCUGCAACAGCCGGCGCUGGGGGACGCGGGGGGGCCGCCCGUGGCCGCGCGGUGCGAGGUGCGGCCGGGCGACUGCAGGCAGGUGGCUCCGGCGGGUGUGGCGGACCGUGUGCUGCUGGGGUUGCUGCCGAGCAGCCGCGGCGGCUGGGAGGCGGCGGUGGCGGCUCUGAGGCCGGAGCGAGGCGGCUGGCUGCAUCUGCACCACAACAUCAAUGACGCCGACGACGCCGACGGCUCCUGGGCCGCGGCCUGCCUGGCAGCGCUGCGGGGGAUCGCGGCGGGGCAGGGCCGGGCGGGGUGGAGCGUGCGGCUGGCGCACGUGGAGCGUGUCAAGUGGUACGCCCCCCACGUGCGACACGUGGUGCUGGACAUCGAGAUGCGCCCGCCCGACUACACACCACCGCCGCCGCCUCCGCUACCUGCCGCUACUGCUGCUGCCGCUACUGCUACUGCCGCCUCCGGGACCACUGCCAAACGGCCGCAGCCGCAGCAGCCGAAGGCUGCUGCCACAGCCGCGGCGACGGCGGCGGCGCCGCCGCCGCCGGCAACCGCUGUGGCGGCGGCGCCGCCGCCGCCGCCGACGGCUCCCAGUGGCGGCGGGCGGUGGUACGAGCGGCCGUACAGCGAGCUGAAGUGUGUACGACGGGUGGCGGCGGCGGGCGGGAUGAGCCGGCGGGAGUUUGAGCGGGACGUUAGCACGGCACGCGUGCCGGUGGUGCUGGAGGGUCUGGACCUGGGCCCGGCGCCGCGCAAAUGGACGCCGCAGUACCUCAUGAGCCUGCCCGGGGCUGACACAACCCUGGUGAGCGUGCACGUGACGCGCGAGCCCUCCGGCUGCCUGGACUUUGUGAACAAGAACUUCGCGUUCAAGACCAUGCCACUCAACGAGCUGGUGGCCCGGCUGGCCGGACUGCCGCCGCCGCGUGGUGCAGCUACUGCCGUUGUGGCUGCUACUGCCGCUGGGGCUGCUGGUGCUACUGCCGGCGCAGCUGCUGCUACUGCCGGCGCGGCUGGUGCGGCGGCUGCCGUCGUCAGGGACGCUGCUACUGCCAGUGGUGGUGCUAGUGCUACAGCUGGAGCUGGCAGCGGUGCUACUGCCGGGUGGCCGGAGCUGGUGCCUGCGGGGCCGCAGUACGGCACCGGGCCGGAGGUGCUGUACCUGCGGAGCAUUGGCGAGAACCCGCGGAAGGAAGCCGCCGACCUGGCCGCCUCCUUCCCCGCCCUGGCCGCCGACCUACGACUGCCCACACACCUCAUCCCGGAAGCGGCGGAGCCGGAGGCGGCGGAGGCGCCGGAGGCGGCGGAGCCGGAGGCGGAGCCGGAGGUGGAGGCGGCGGCUGUACCCAGUCGCGGCGGCGGCCAGCAGGCGGCGCGUAGUGGUGCUGGCGGCAGCUUAUAUGGCGGCGGCGGCAACGAUGGAGGUGGCGGAGGAGGCGGUGGAGGAGGUGGCGGGGGCGGCCCGCUGCACAGCACUGUGUUGCGGCUGAGCAGUCCCGGGCUGACGCUGUGGACGCACUACGACGUCAUGGACAACUUCCUGGUGCAGGUGGCGGGGACCAAGCGUGUGCUGCUGUGGCCGCCCGCCUGCCACGACGCGCUGCACGUGGCCGGCUCCUCCUCGCCCGUCAUCCACACCGCCGCACCCGACCUACAGGCCCACCCGCGGUACGCGGGCUGCCCGGCGCCACUGCUGGCGGAGCUGCGGCCCGGCGACGUACUGUUCCUGCCCAGCCUGUGGUUCCACAACGUCACCACCAUCAGCACAUCCGCCGGCAGUAGCAGCAGCAGCAAUGGCAGUAGCAACGGCAGUAGCAGCGGCAGUAGCAAUGGCAGUAGCAAUGGCAGUAGCCGCGGCGGUAGCGGCAGUGUGGGGGCUGCGGCGGGCGAGGUCAGCAUCAGCGUCAACGCCUUCUGGCGCCACCUGCCCGCCCGCCACUACCACAGGAAGGACCUGUACGGCAACAGGGACCUCGUGGAGGCCGAGACCGCCGACAAGGCUGGUGAGGAGGCGGCGGCGGCGCUGUCCAGCCUGCCGCCCCACUACCGCGACUUCUACUCAGGCCGGCUGUUGGGGCGGCUUGGGCGGCGGCUGCUGGGACGAGAGCUGCUGCAGCCGCCCGCCAUGCUCUAGAUUGCAUUGGCUACAAGAGGAAUCCGCCAUGCUCUAGAUUGCAUUGGUUACAAGAGGGAUCCGCCAUGAUCUAGAUUGCAUUGUUUACAAGAGGGAUCCGCCAUGCUCUAGGUGCAGGUGUUUGUUAGGGGUUGAGAGUUGGGAGGAACGCGGGGAAGAGGCCUUUGGAGUUGGGAUGAAGUUGGAUGUCAGGGGGGCGCUUGCUGAAAUGAGGCAGGGAGGGGACGUUGUGUACCCCCGAGCCCGAAGGAGUGAGUGUAGGUACCAGCCCCAACUUAACCGAACCAAGCCAAGCUAGCGGAGCGCAGGCAGAGGGGUGAAAGGGAGGGGUUGAGAAUAGCAGCGCAAGCAAGGGGCAGUUUCCGCCCUUGCGCCACGGAGCGCUCUAGCUUGCGGACUACUGGAGGAGGGGGUGGCCGGGGCGCCGCGCGAUUGUGAUUUCUGAAGGGCGUUCUCUUGCGGUCUUGGGGAUUCGCGAUCUUGUAGUUGGGCGUGCAGCCAAACUAGUUAGGCUAGUUCUUGGGCUAGUCAUAAUAUGCUGAGGUAGGUCACGAGCAGCUGGCGAGGCCUUGUGUGAUAGUACGUUUGGAGGGAGGUGUCCAUGCGGCGGGUGACUGGACCUGGUAUGGAUGCCGUUUGGGGCACGCUGGGAAUCCACCAGCACGGGGGAGUCGGUGACACAGGCGAGGGCUGCGUAUGCGAUGGGAAAGUGUCAAGGUAGGCUGGUAAGUCUCGCAGGGUGCAGCUGAAUUCCAGACCCCACGGGGGAGUUCGUGCCGCAGGCGAGGGCUGCGUGUGUGUGCUGACGUGUAGAGAACCGUCAUUGACGGACAAACGGUCCUGGCUGCCCUGUGAGGGCACGUUUUGCUUGUUGCUAGCCUCAAUGCGCACGCACGGCGCCACGCUUGCUGCGCGCCUGCACGUUUGUAAGUUUGUUUACCG